ACACAUUAACAAACUUUUAAUAACAGCAUUUUUGAUUAACAGAUUGAUAUUAUUAUAUAAAAUGUUGUUUUAAUUACAAAAUAAAUGUACAUAUUCAUAGGUCUUCCAUUUAAGUUUUCCUUUUCAUUUCUGUUGUCCAACAAGUUUAUUGUGUUGAUUUAUCAUGAUAAUGAUUUUCAAGAUUUGUGAUUCUAAGGUGAUUUAAAAAGUUUUCGUUAUUAAUUGUAUUCAGAAUGGGAAGAGUUAAUAAUUCAUUUUUAUGGGGCAUCUUAUUCGCAUCAGCUACUUGGAGCAUAUCAUUGUAUUUAUAUUGGCUGCUAAACUUAAGUGGUAAAAGUGUAAUAAUUAACAAAAACAACAAGAUUCCUUACCAUCUAGUUAAUAGUGAAGAAAAAAUCCGUGUUAAAAACAAUGAAAAAUCUAUUGCAGCCUUGGAAAACAAGAAUCUUUUGUUAGAUGAUGCAAAACCAAACUACAGGUUUGCUAACAAAAUGUGGAAAAAGCAAAGAGAUCAUUCGGAAUAUUUGAAGAAGAUGAUGCUAAAAGAGAAAUUUGCAAGGCAAAUUGACCAAAUGUCAUUAGCUAAACCGGAUAAAAGCCUUGAGAAUCAGUUUGGAUUCAUUCGGAAUGCUGAAGAUGUUCAAAUCAGAGAAAAAGGAUAUAAUCUACAUGCUUUUAAUACACUUAUAUCUCAACGAAUUGGAAGUCAUCGAGCUAUACCUGAUACACGAAAUAAACUGUGUAAAUCAAAAAGAUAUUCUCAAAAAUUACCAACUGUUUCAAUAAUCAUCUGUUUUUAUAAUGAACAUUUUGAAACACUCAUGAGAUCUGUCCAUUCCAUAUUAGAUAACACAGAACAGAGUUACAUCAAAGAAAUAAUAUUAGUAGAUGAUUAUAGCGAUCUAGAGGAACUCCAUUAUAGUGUCCAUACAGCUGUAAAUGAUUUAAAUAAUCAAGGACACAAAGAUGACGAGAUGUUGGAAACAAAUAAUAUUGAUGACAAUAUAGUGGAUUAUAUAUAUGAUGACAAUAAUGGUGAGAAUGUGAUAAUGGUAACUGAUAAAAGUACUGCAAGACUUUCAAAGCCUAAAAUAAACAUAAGGCUAUUGAAAACAAGUAAAAGAGAGGGACUGAUUCGCGCAAGACUUUAUGGUGCUGAUAAUAGUGUUGGAGAGGUUCUUAUUUUCUUGGACUCGCAUAUUGAGGUAAACAUAAAUUGGCUACCUCCACUUUUAUCUCGACUGGCAGAAGAUGUUGAUGGUGUAAAAACACGCUAUUCUGCUCGAGUGGUGGCACCUAUUAUUGAUGUUAUUAAUGCUGAUACUUUUGAAUACACUGGUAGUCCACUGGUCAGAGGUGGUUUCAACUGGGGAUUACAUUUCAAAUGGGAUAAUUUACCUAAAGGUUCACUAAAGGAUGAUGCUGAUUUUAUAAAACCAAUCAAAUCACCAACAAUAGCUGGUGGUCUAUUUGCUGUAUAUCGUGAAUAUUUUAAUAGAAUCGGAAAAUAUGACGCUGGCAUGAAUUUAUGGGGUGGUGAAAAUUUGGAAAUAUCAUUUAGGGUUUGGAUGUGUGGAGGAACAGUGGAAUUGAUUCCUUGCAGUCGAGUAGGUCAUGUCUUCAGGAAAAGGAGACCUUAUGGCUUAGGUCAUAAAGAAGAUUAUAUGUUACACAAUUCAAUGAGAAUGGCAAGAGUAUGGAUGGAUGAAUAUGUGAAUAAAGUAAUUGAGCAGAAUCCAUCUGCAGCUCACAUUUCAAUAGGAGAUAUAUCUGACCGGCAACAGCUAAGAAAAGAUUUGGGAUGUAAAUCAUUUAAAUGGUACCUUGAGAAUGUCUACCCUGAAUUGGAAAAUGGAGACGAAACUGUUGCCAAGAAGAGAAUUGCAGCUCUUAACGACCCUGACAAGAAUAAAUUCCAACCAUGGCAUUCACGAAAACGUAACUACACGGACUCUUUUCAAAUACGCCUUCAAAACUCAAGUCUGUGCAUCCAAAGUGCUAAGGAUAUAAAAACAAAAGGCAGUGGUUUAGUUCUCGCUAACUGCAUUAGGACCUUAAAUCAGAUGUGGUUUGAGACAAAUCGUAGCGAACUAGUGCUCGGAAGAACCUUAUGUUUGGAUGCAGUCAACAGUAUUUCACCAAUGUUAGGCAAGUGUCACGAGUUAGGAAGCACCCAGGAAUGGAAGCAUAAAGGAUCGGCUGGAAGUCCAAUAUAUAAUACUGCAGCCGGAAUGUGUCUUGGAGUGGAACGCAAAUAUCGCAAUGAGCCCGUCAUCAUGGUGAUUUGUAACAAUGAUGAGAAAAAUCAAUGGGAUUUCGUUAGAUCCUAAAUAUAUGUAGAUUUAGAUAUAAUUUGAAUGUUAAUUUUUUAAGAUAUGUUGAUUAGUUGAAUAUUAGGAUUUCUAUGACUAAUAACUGUUUAAAACCUUUUUCAAUUUAAUUCCUAUCUAUUUUAUUAUAUAUCGAUAAAUGUAGGUUUGCACUUUAUUAAAUAAAAAAAUACAUGUCAUAGAAGCAUUAUGUCCAUAGUCCUUAGUCCAUAGCCCAUGUCAAGAAUUGUUAUAGGCUUUUUUUCAGUGUCAAUAUUAGUCAUUAGUAGAUCUAUAGUUUAGAUCGGUCAUAAUUAUAUACAUAUAUAUAGACGACUUUUAUAGCCGAGUGGUUAGCGAUCCUUACUACUAAGCUAGAGGUCCCGGGUUCGAAUCCCGGUAGGUGCAAGCAUUUAUAUGAUGAAUAUGGAUGUUUGUUUCCGAGUCAAUGGAUGUUUAUAUGUAUGUUUAAGUAAGUACAUUGUAUUAAAUAUAUCGUUGUCUUGAAACCCAUAACACAGGCUGUAUGCCUAAUUUGGGGCAAGAUAAUUUGUGUAAAAAUAUGUCAAUAUUAUUAUAUAAAUGAUAUAAAUAAUUGAUUAGGAUUGAUCGUAAAUACGUUUUAAUUAAUCACCGCCGCUUGGCAGGCUUAAAUAUAUCUGUUCCUUAUGGAAUUAGAUAACAUUUGAUAAUACUCAUAACUGAAUGAUAAUUUAUUUUUUAUGUCACCGAUAAAUACAGGCUGACUAAUAAUAUCCUCGUAGUUAUUGUAAAAUACAAAAGUUAUAAGUGUUAUAAGAAAAUCAAGCACCACCUUUAUAGAUGAAAUUGCUGAGUGAAAAUGAGAUAGUGUUGCAAAAUAACUAUUUAUACACUUCAUAUCAUUCAUAAUUUACACGUGAUAUGAUGGAGAUUAUUAAUUAGAAUAUUUAGCAUAAUAUCAUAUUUUUAUAAUAGAUAAAUGGAAUAAGUUUUGAUGUGACAUUCUUAUAACUUAAAUGUAAUCAAUAUAUUUUUAUUGUUUUAUUCAAAGCUAGAACUGUAUUAACUUUUGUAAUGCGCGCCGAGUUUUUUGCGCCCAUUCUUCUCAAGUUUGUGGCAUUUUUCUUUACAAUGUUUGUGGAUUUUUGAGUUUCAUUUAUGUAUCGGUACGUGAUUUUCAUCUUUUCGCGAUCUCUGAAUUAGAAAAUCAAAUGUAAAUUAAUAGCUUCUUUACUAUAAGUAUAGUUGGUACCAUUCCAAUUUUAUUAAUUUUAUUUUUUUUUAUCUAAACGUUCUAGUAGAAAGUGUUUAGACCAAGAAUCUCAAGAAAAUAAAUUUAGUGACUGAGAAUCUGCUUUAUCGCGGAUCUCAAAUGAGAAAUUAUUGAGUGAUGAUUGAUGGUGAGCGACUGUUCAACAUUCCGAACUCUACAAUGCCCAGAGGUUAAACUAACAAAAAUGUACAAGAAAAUAUGCCCUAAAGAUCAUAAACCAUUCUAGGGAAAUACACAGAGCCGGCUCCCCGUGGACAAGCGACUUAAUUCAAUGGUGUCUACCAUUUCAAUUUACGUGAUAUUGCAAAAUAUGCCAUCAUAAACUUUAAACUGUUGUCCUUAUGUUUAGAUAAUUCCUAUAAGUAAGUUUAUUAUUAUCAGAUCCUCAUAACUUAUAUUUUUUUUUAUAAGUAAUUGAUCUGUGGUAUGAUUAUAAUAUGGUAUAUAAUUUAAUAAGAUAAUUAUUGGAUCGUGUCUCAUCAAAAGGUUCCUUCGUUCCAGUCUUAAUUUAAGAAGACGUUUGUUAAAUAAUAUAGUCAGAAUCCUUAGUAAUAUCUAAAUAGCCCGCGAGUAUUACUUCGAUAGUCUUCUGUUAUGUAGAACUAGUUUUUAACCGACUUCAAAAAGGAGGAGGUUCUCAAUUGGAUCGGUAUUUUUUUAUGUAGGUACACCGAUUACUCUGAGAUUUAUGAUUCGAUUUACGUAAUUCUUUUUUAGUUCGAUGCGAAAUAGAUGCCAUUUGGUCCCAUAACAAUUUACAUAGCUUGGCCCAGUUGUUUUCAUUUUAUGACCAUUAUUAUGAAAAUUUUUGUGUACGUGGAUGAUAUAAUUGUUUUUUGUAUACAACUUUUUUUAGGAGUUUUCAUUCACGUUGAUUAUAUAUUAUAAUUAUAUUAACUGACACUAUAAAGUAAAAAAUAAAAAACUACGUUUAAAAAAACCGACUUCAAAAAGUAGAAAGUAUCAAAUAACUAAAAAUUCAAUUUAAUACACCUCUUAUGCAAAUCUUUACCUUUAAUAUUAAUAAAAUACUAUUAUUUGUAUGUGCUACAUAUCGAUAGCUUUGAAGUCAGUGCCAAGCCAUAUGUAAAAGUAGGUACCAACACUCACCACUCGUGACUUUGAGCGGAAUAGCUUCGUCUAGAACAAAACAACCCAAGCGAACAGACACGCGUGGCCAGACAACCUUAAUAAUUACAGUGAGUAAGCUGUUUAUAAUAUUAAGUGUUAUUUUGUUUUGGGCUUGGCACUGACUUAAUUAUUAUUAAUUUUAUUAAUAUUAAAGGUAAAGGUGUGUUAAAUAAAAUUUUUAGUUAUUUGAUUCUUUUCCGUUUUUGAAGUCCGUUGUUUUAAACGUAGUUUUUUUAUAAAAUUCUAUUAUAUAUAAAAUUCUCGUGUCAUGGUGAUAAACUUUGAACUCCUCCGAAACGGCUUGACCGAUUCUCAUGAAAUUUUGAGGGCAUAUUGGGUAGGUCUGAGAAUCGGGUAACAUCUAUUUUUCAUCCCCCUAAAUGUUAAGGGUGUUUUUUUAUUUUAAUUUUUUUGACCUUUUUUUUAAUUUGUUUGAUUGUGAGUCAGCAUAAAAAAAUACAUACAACUUCAAAUUUUCACCCAUCUACGAUCAACAGUUACUUUUGUAUCGCGAUUUUAAUAUCGGCAAUACAACGUUUGCUGGGUCAGCUAGUAAUAUUAUAUAAUCAGCCUGAUUGAAAACUGGGGCCGCACCAGCGUCUCUAACGUCAUGAAGCGACGUGAACACACGUACACGAUACAUGCAGAUGUGAUCGGCUAUCAACCCGAACAUUCGCGAUGCGUGUGCGUUUUGCUUGGGGGUCGGUACAUCACAGGGUUUUAGCGCACUAACAUAUCGCUCUGCGUGGUGUUCAUUGUUUUUGGUUCUUCGGCACUCAUUACUUGGGACGAUAGGGGCAGAUGCGGUCGAAACAUUAGUGUUAUGAAUUACGAUUUCAUCAAAUACCUUCCAUUAAUGAUUCCUAUCUUCGAACAAUGUUUAAUAUGUUUCCAAACAAUUUAUUUGGUAUCAUUCUAAAGUGAAAGUUUAAUUAGUUUUAGAAGUUUAAUCUUAUUCGGCACUAUAAUUUUUAUUUUGUAUUGAUAUAUUUAAAUUCCCCGUUUUGUAUGAUGUAAGUCCAACAUUGUGUUUGUAUAAGUUAAAUAUAUCAAAUGUAUAAAUUCGUGUAAUAAUUCCAUCAAUCCUAUAGUUAACUAAUUGUAUGUUGAUUGUUUAGUGUCAUAAUGUGUAGAUUAAUGGAAUAAGUGUUGCAACUUAUAAAUAAGUAUUUUAUAUGAUAUAAACUACCAUUUUGUUUCAAAUAAUAAGUCUAUAUAUUUAUAAAAAUAUAUUCAACAUUAAAAGUUUAAA